AUGGACGAGUACUUCGAGUUCGAAGGCGCCCGCAAGUCCGUGGACGGGCCGCCGGACACGGACAUCAGGUCGUCGCAGAUCCUGGAGCACCUGCGGCGCAAGCACGAGCAGGCCCUCCGCGGAAAGGCGUCGUCGCUGACCACGGCCCUGAUCAUCGCGGGCAUCUCGAGCGUGGCCCUGGCCCUGAUCAAAAUCACCAUCAAGCGGCACGACACGAUCAGCAGCACCGAGUGCGUGUUCUUCGUGGCUCUGGGCAUCCUGAUCGGCGUGAUCCCGGCCACGACGGAGGACAGGUGCCCCUUCGGCCCGGCGUCGGCGCAGAGGCGGCUGGCCGUGUCGGCCGUCCUCACCACGCUCGCCUACAUCCUGGGCUACAGGGCGGUCCAGUUCAUGUCCGUGCUUGAGGCGACCAUCGUGGCCGGCAUCACGCCCCUGACCACCUGGUGGACGUCGGUGGCCAUAGGCAGGCGCGCCUUCCACUGGGUCAUGGUGCCCACGCUGGUCUCCAGCUGCCUGGCCCUCGUGUUCAUCGUCAAGCCGCCCUUUCUGGGCUUCAAGGUGAAGCCCGAGCACGCCUGGAUCGUGCUGCUGGUGCGCAUCGUGGCCAACAUCGUGUGCGCCGUCGGGCUGGAGCUGGCGUUCAUCAACCCGACGCUGCUCGACUCGUUCCACGUGAUGGCCUCGGCCCUGGUCGUGUUCGCGGGCUCCCUGCUCACUCUGCACAUGCUCGUCUCCAACAGGCCCCAGUCAGGCCUCGUGCGCAGGCACCGCCUCCUACAGCUCUUCGCCUGA